AUGCCGAGGUCAUUUUUGGUGAAAAGCAAAAGGGCCCACAGUUAUCACCAGCCACGCAAUCUGGAAAAUGACAGAGUUCAGUUUCACUCACUUUUAACAGAUGUAUGUGCAGAGAAUCAGGAGCAACAGGUGAAUCACAGCAAUGCAGAUACAGGAGAAAACCUCGACAGGCAUUUGCCUGAUAUCAGCUUGGUGAAAACUGCAGAUUAUUCAGUGGAUUUGUCCUCACUGAGCUGUGAGAGCAGCUCAGGUAAUCGUUUCUCAGACUAUGAAGACCACUGGAGAUCUCCAUCAGCUUCACCAGAUUCAGAAAAAUACUCCACACCAUCUGCAGAGGACCUCACCUUUCGCUCAUUUGCCUGGACUCACCCCAGAACUGAGCUGAGGAACAUCAUGCAACAUAUGUAUUCUCACAUGCCGAUUACCAUGGCAUCUGAGGCACCAAUGGGCAUUUGCUGUUCCAUAGACAGGAAUGAAGACGCUCCGCUUUUUGCUGAACCAGGCGCUGCAGCAAGAUUUUACAGUGAAUACAGCUCUCUCUUAGACAGAGCUCCCACAAGAGGCUUCUUCUCUGAUUUCAAGAUGAAUACCAAAAUUUCAGGCAUUGAAUCAGACACAGAUCUCCUGUGCACUAGACUCCAGCUCAGUGGAUCCUACAAAUGCAUCAAGUGCAGUAAGGUGUUUUCCACACCGCAUGGUUUAGAGGUUCACGUUCGCCGGUCCCACAGUGGCACAAGGCCCUUUGCAUGUGAGAUCUGUGGAAAGACGUUUGGCCAUGCAGUAAGCUUGGAGCAGCAUAAGACAGUGCAUUCACAGGAAAGGAUCUUCAACUGCAAAAUAUGUGGCAAAAGCUUCAAAAGAUCAUCUACUCUGUCCACUCACCUGCUGAUCCACUCUGACACGCGGCCUUAUCCCUGCCAGUUCUGUGGCAAGAGAUUCCAUCAGAAGUCAGACAUGAAGAAACACACAUUCAUUCACACAGGUGAAAAACCGCACAAGUGCCAGGUGUGUGGAAAAGCCUUCAGCCAGAGCUCCAACCUCAUCACACACAGCCGCAAACACACAGGCUUUAAACCAUUUGGAUGUGAGCUCUGUGGCAAGGGCUUUCAGCGAAAAGUCGACUUGCGGAGGCACAAAGAAACACAACAUGGACUAAAAUAA